AUGCUUUUGAGGUUGUCAAUCCGCCAGGAUCAGGCCAAAAAAACCACAAGGGAAAAAUACUUUUUCGGACAGGACAUAGUUUUCAGUCCACUGAUAAAAGAUCUCAAGGAUCUUGAGGACAGUGGUAUUGUUUUGAAGAAUGGCAAAGUUAUUCGAGGUUGUGUUGAGAAAGGAACAGCAUUCUAUGUUGAUGACUACAAUGAGAGCAUCAAGGCAGCAACUGCACCAUAUAACUUCCCCCAUGACACUACUGUAGUGACUAAUGCUGUCACUGUCAAAGGGACAAAGUACAAAAAAGGAAUGCAUGUGGUUCUAGAACGAGAUGAUGAGGGCAUUCACAUGGAACCAGAGAUUUUCUUCAGAUCCACUAUAGAGGAACCUCUAUCUUCUGAAUCGACCGACACCUCCACCACUCCAAGUUUGCCUAGCAGUAAUAGCUCCAGUAUGAAUUUGAAUUUAAAUGCCUGGCCUGAGAACUUAAUUGUUCCAUGGAACCAAAUGCCUGCUGGUAUAAGGACCGCCAUUGCACAGGAGAAACGUCCAUCUGCUAAAGACCGCAGGGGAAUGGUUCUAAUCAUCACAGAUAAAAUGAGGCUGACUGAAUUAAAUCCGUCAAAAUCUCAGUGCCUGACAGUGGCCAAGAUGAUUGUAAAGCAGCAUCCUGGAAGCUUUGCUGAUGUCAUGAGAUAUGGCACCAUAAUUGGAAGUGGCUAUGGAUCCCUUUUGACUCAAUUACAAACACGAGUAGAACAUGUUAAUCGUGGAAGUUCUCUCUCUAGACGAAGGAUGCAGAAACGGGUUCCAAAUUCAGCUGCAAACAUACCUAGAGGACCAGUUGACCAAUAUGGAUGUGUGAGAUGGCAGCCUGACUGUCCACAAGGGGAAACUGACGAGAGUCUCAAAGAGAAGCAGAAUGAAAUGAAAGACCUCUACCAUGUCGAGGGUCCAGCUGGUGCAGACAGGGGAUAUUGGAACGUUCUUGUCCUGGAUAAGAUGGAGGGGGCUAUGGAAAAAAAGGGGAAGCUGAUCCUUCAUUUUUUCGAACAGAAGCCAGCAGGGACUAAUGCAGAUGAGGUAAAGCCCAUCCUAGGGAUGUACAACCUAGAAGAAAAGUGUGAUCCGUGGCCAGUCAUAAUCCUCCUGCUUAUGGCACACUUCAAAGAAACACCGGAGGCACUCCUUCUGCAGGCAGAUGUGUUGGCAACAGCAGCUGACGUUGAACAAACACUGCAGCUUCCUGACUCUCCAAGACUGAUUGUCUUAGGUGGUGAAUUGCUCACAGCAACCGUUUGGAUGCUGAGCAUCGAGGGUCAGGUGGUUGUGCCUCCACAUUCCAACUUUGUGGCUGGAAUGGCAGCUUUGUUUUCUAGCUACUACAACUUUAAUCUGGUGAACCAGGAGCAAGCAUGUUGCACACUGGAAUUCAUUCAAAGAUGCUUCAUCAGACUUAACCCCUCCAGUGGGACCAAGGCAACCAAGAUGGUGACCCAAAAAAGUGGGAAGGUACAGGAGAAGAAGAGAAACUCCAUUAACCCUCACGUCUCUUCUUUACUCAAGCGGGUAAUGGACUUUGAAUGGCUUAUAUUGUAA